AUGAAUGAUGCGAUUAAAGCAUUGAGUAUUGAUCCAUCAUCUCUUGAUCCACAACAGAAAAAACAAAACAAAAAAAAUACAAAAAAGUUCAUGAAGAAUAACAUUCAUUUGAGGUACACAACAUUCAUAAAGAUCCAUAAUAGUACACCAACCACUUUACCAUUGUUAUUAUCAUUUAAUAGUGAUUUACCUGAUCUUGCAGAGCAUUCUCCAAUUUGGUUAAAUGAACAAUAUAUUAAAGAUCAUCAUCUUGAAGAAGAAGUUUUAGAAGAUGAUAUCAAUACGACGAUGGAACAAAGUGAUAUAUUCAAGUCUACAAAGUGA